GAAGUCGUGGAUAAAUCCACUUUGAAUGGUGGUCUUACUGCUACACUCUCCCAAUCGCCGUCGUUGAUAGUUUCGUCGUCGACAUGUUUACCGGCUUCAACGAACUCAUCGGCUUAAACUUCGCCCUUCAGAAACCCUCACCAUCUACCGGAGCAAUUUGGUACGCCGCCGGUCCUGUAGUUGUACUCAUGUUCGCCUCUCUUGUCUACUCAAUUUCAUCCAAAAAUAGGAAGGAAUUGAACAUCGGAAAGUUAAAGUAUGAUGAUGUUACAGCGGAGAUUGCAGACGCGGCUAGAGGCUCGUUUCAGAGAUCUGAUGACGACGAACUUUCGUGGAAAUCUGCAAGCGAUGUACUUUUCCAAGAAGACAACGAUGACAUCAUACCAGAACCUGAUUCAAAAUUCGCAGAAGAAUUACAAAUCCAAGAAGCUUUAUUAGCAUCAACCUCAUCACGCAAAACAAGAUCUACCCUAAGUUCAUUAUUAAAGAACACAGAAUUCAAAGAAAUCAUCUGCAAAAUCUGCUUAGAGAAUCAAGAAUCAUGGCAAAUGUUCACAAACUCAACAUGCUCUCAUUCCUUCUGUUACACCUGCACAAGAAAACACGCAACAACAAAGAUACACGAAUCCAAGAACACAAUCACAUGCCCAGAACUAAACUGCAAAUCCACAUUAGAUCCCAACACCUUGAGACAAAUCAUCCCAAAAGAAACCCUAAUCAAAUGGGAUGAACACCUCUGUGAAUCCAUGAUUCUUGAAUCCCAAAAGCUAUACUGCCCUUUUGCUGACUGUUCUGUUUUGCUAAUAAACGAUGACAUCAGCAUUACAAAUAUUGAUUGUCCGGUUUGCAGGCGCGCGUUUUGUGCAGUGUGUAGGGUUCCUUGGCAUUCUGAGUUUAGUUGUAAGGAGUUUGGGAAACUUAAGAAUGUGAGUAUGAGUUUUGUUAUAAUUGUGGGGGAAAGUGGAGUUCGAGUCAUGGUGGAUGCAAAUCAAGAUCUUGAUUUUGAAGGAAGGAAGAUAGAAGUUAGUGUGGAUAUGGUUUAG